GAGUCGUAGUCCCGGCUGGCAGCGUCCGGAAGGACGGGAGGGCACGGGAGUGCAGCCCGCCCAUCUGGCUACUGGAGGUCACGUUCCCUAACUGAUCCCUUGGUUCUGUCGGGUGGAGCCUUCAGCGUACACGGCGAGAUUUGACUUUGCCACGGUCUCUCUUGGGUUUCAAUAAAGUUUUCCUCUUCCUCUCCUCGUACGGAGUUCAAGAUGGCGGCCUCCUGGUCGCUCUUGGUUACCUUGCGCCCCUUAGCACAGAGCCCGCUGAGAGGGAGAUGUGUUGGGUGCGGGGCCCGGGCCGCCGCUCUCGCUCCUCUGGCCACCGCCCCUGGGAAGCCCCUUUGGAAAGCCUAUACAGUUCAGACAUCUGAGAGCAUGGCCCCAACUGCCACUUCAGAGACUUACUUGAAAGCUUUGGCCGUUUGCCAUGGACCUCUGGACCACUAUGAUUUUCUGAUCAAAGCUCAUGAGCUAAAGGAUGAUGAACAUCAAAGAAGAGUCAUACAGUGUUUGCAGAAAUUACACGAGGACCUUAAAGGAUAUAAUAUAGAGGCAGAAGGCCUUUUUUCAAAGCUUUUUUCAAGGAGCAAACCUCCCAGGGGCCUGUAUGUUUAUGGAGAUGUUGGUACAGGAAAAACAAUGGUGAUGGACAUGUUUUAUGCUUAUGUGGAAAUGAAGAGGAAAAAACGGGUUCAUUUUCAUGGUUUCAUGCUAGAUGUGCACAAAAGAAUACAUCGCCUUAAACAGAGUUUGCCAAAAAGGAAACCAGGAUUCAUGGCUAAAUCAUAUGACCCAAUAGCGCCUAUAGCUGAAGAAAUCAGUGAAGAAGCAUGUCUCCUAUGUUUCGAUGAAUUUCAGGUCACUGACAUUGCUGAUGCCAUGAUUCUGAAACAGCUUUUUGAAAAUCUGUUCAAAAACGGGGUCGUCGUUGUGGCAACAUCCAACAGGCCACCGGAAGAUCUCUAUAAAAAUGGACUCCAAAGAGCUAACUUUGUACCAUUCAUAGCAGUCUUGAAGGAAUAUUGUAAUACAGUCCAGCUAGAUUCUGGGAUAGAUUACCGGAAAAGGGAACUUCCUGCUGCAGGAAAACUCUACUACCUCACAAGUGAAGCUGAUGUGGAGGCUGUCAUGGAUAAGUUGUUUGAUGAGCUGGCUCAGAAACAAAAUGAUUUAACUAGACCAAGGAUUCUAAAAGUGCAAGGCAGAGAGCUGCGCCUGAAUAAAGCCUGUGGAACCAUUGCCGACUGCACAUUUGAAGAGCUGUGUGAGAGACCACUUGGAGCCAGUGACUAUUUGGAACUAUCAAAGAAUUUUGAUACAAUAUUUUUACGAAACAUUCCGCAAUUUACUCUGGCAAACAGAACUCAAGGUCGAAGAUUCAUAACUCUCAUCGAUAACUUUUAUGAUCUCAAGGUGCGUGUAAUUUGCUCUGCGUCGACUCCUAUAUCAAGCUUAUUUUUACAUCAACAUCAUGACAGUGAGUUGGAGCAAAGCAGAAUACUGAUGGAUGAUUUGGGGCUGAGCCAGGAUUCAGCAGAAGGACUCUCCAUGUUUACUGGAGAAGAGGAAAUCUUUGCAUUUCAGCGCACGAUUUCCCGACUCACAGAAAUGCAGACUGAACAGUACUGGAACGAAGGAGACAGAACCAAGAAGUAACUGUCACUUUCACAUAAAUAAAACUCUAGACAAAUGGUUAA